AUGUCCAUUUUAGCCGACGACAACUGUCAGAAGGAGGGCGAAGCCUGCAGUAAAACCAUCUUUCAGAGAUGCUGCGAUCAGCUGGUUUGUGACCUAGCGUGGUUUGGCAAUGGAAAGUGCGUGAAGUGUCUUCCGGAGCAGGCUAUAUGCUGGUUUGACGGUGAUUGCUGCAGUGGCAAGUGUUCUUGGUUCCGCUGUGUCAAGGAGUAA